UGGGGAGAGCUCAGUGUAGCAGGCCUGGUCACAGAGGAGAGAAAAAGACGGGGGACGACAGAGGAAAGCAACUCAAAUAAAAGAGGUACCUCAGCAAGAGAAGGAGAAAGAAGAAAAUCACCUGAAAUUUGGAAUUUGUAAAGGUUUAAAGGAUCAGUCCACACAAAAACCGAAGACUGGACAGAGGACAAAGAAAUUAAUUAUUUUAGAAACCCCUGUGUGAAAGGACAGUCUGAAACAUGUUCCUUCUUCUCUUAUUAAGCGUAUGCAGUCUUGUGCUUCGAGGGGAUGCCCAGGACCGAGCCUCUCUGUGGAGGGGAAAUGAUCGGAGUGGCCGAUGUCAUUACACCUUCACAGUGCCCAGCCCUGCUGAGGCAAGCUGCCCACAGGUCGAAAGCCCGGAGGUGGAGGGCCUGAAAGCCAGACUCAGCCUGCUGGAGGUGAUGGUAUCCCAGCUGAGUGGAAAAGGCUCUCAGUCCCAAGGGGGUCAGCAGGGGGUCGGAACCAGAGCUCAGGCUGAGCUUCAGGAGGCAUUGAACCGGGCCUUGAGAGAGAGAAACCUGAUGCAGGGAGAAAAGGAGCGUCUGGAGCGGGAACUGGAAGGGCUGCACCUCAGGAUGGAGGAGAUGAGGAGGGAGACGGAGAGGCUGAGGAGCAGGCCGUGUCCUCCUCAAACCCCUGUGGUCCCACCCAGCACCCCUCGGCAAGACAGGACCCCAAUCAGAGCUGGUAGUGGUUCCAGUCAGAUAUCCCACCUGAUGACGAGGCCCAACCAGCAGGGAGACAGCAGCCGCCUGAGAGAUUCAGCAUGGCAGCAUGGAUCUCCAGGCUUUCAGGAGCUGAAGGCUGAGGUCACUGAGGUACCUGCUCCUGAUGGCAACGAGGACAACACAGGUUGUGGGGAGCUGGUUUCAGUUGGUGAGCCGGUCACUCACAGGAAAGCCGAAAACAUUGAAGGUAAAUAUGGGGUUUGGAUGCAGGACCCUGAGGGUGUUUUGCCAUAUGGGGCCAACAUGAUCUGGCGCAUCAAUACAAUCGGAACUGAAGUCAGACAGCUGUUUGGAUAUGAGGACAUGGAACAACUCUCUAAAGGCUUCCCAUCCAAGGUCCUGCUGUUGCCAGACCCCUUAGAGAGCACUGGGGCCACUUUAUAUCGAGGCUCACUGUAUUAUCAGAGACGGCUCAGUCGUUCUCUGAUCCGCUAUGAUCUGGCUGCUGAGCAUGUCGCAGCCCGUCGGGAACUUCCCCAUGCUGGCUUCCAUGGCCAAUUCCCCUACUCCUGGGGAGGCUACACAGACAUUGACUUGUCUGUGGACGAGAAGGGGCUGUGGGCCGUCUACUCUACCAAUAAGGCCCAAGGAGCCAUUGUUAUUUCACAGCUGGACCCAAAUAGUCUGGAGGUGAAGAAGAGCUGGGAGACCAACAUUAGGAAGUCAUCUGUAGCCAACUCAUUCAUCAUCUGUGGAAAGCUGUACACCGUGGCCAGCUACGCAGCUCCUGACACCAUCAUCAACUAUGUGUACGACACCGAAACCAACCAGGGGAAGGCCAUAUCCAUCCCUUUCAAGAACAAAUACGGCUACAACAGCAUGAUUGACUACAACGUGGCACAGAGGAAGCUGUUUUCCUGGGACAACUUCCACAUAGUGUCCUAUGACCUCAGGCUGGGUCGCCAGCAGGCCAACUGAGGACCCCAUGAGUGACUGUUUUUUUGCUCACCUGUUCCUGCUUCAAAGACUCAGUUUUAGAGCAUAAGAAGAGUGGCAGCAGUAGUUAGAAAGCCAACACUACCAGUACCCAUGUGUAGGAGAACCUAACUACCUAAUUAAGUGAAUCAAAGACGUUUGAAGAACAGCGCGCCCAGCAGGUCUGCUUUUAUUUCUUUUUUAGAGUAAUUAUUUUUGUACUGCCUUUAAUCCUGAUGUAUGAUUUUGUUGUUUUCAUGUUUAGCUAUAUAUAUAUAUAUAUACAUUUCAAGACUGAAAAAUGAAGCCUAGAUGAGUUUUAUUAGUGGAUAAGGAUGAUUUAUUCAGACUACUUAUAUUGCAAAAUUCUAUAGUACAACAUGCCCUGCAGUGAUCCAUCAGUCCAAGAUCUUUACCAAAUAAACUGCUUUAACAUGUAGCAUGUUUUGAAUAUUGCAUGUAUUUGCACAAUGUAGUCAACAUGACAUGUCUGAAAUCAUGCAAUAAACUUUAUCCUAAAUUAA